AUGACAACCAAUAAUGAGGUAUCUUCACCCCCUGACGGUCAGUUAUCCCUCACCACGGUAUCCAUCAAGCUUCCCACCUUCUGGACGGACUCCCCCGAGGUGUGGUUCCUCCAGGCUGAGGCCCAGUUUGCGAUCAAGCGCAUGACGACUUCUCUAACCAAGUUUCACCACUGUGUUGCAGCCCUUCCCCAGGACGUUGCCACUCACCUCAUAGAUCUGAUCCGUAAUCCAACUUCAGAUCCCUAUGCAACCCUGAGAACCCGCCUUAUCCAGAUGUACACUCUCAGUAAUUUCCAGAGGUAUCAGGCUCUCCAGGGUAUCCCAGUUCUGACUGAUCAAAGACCCUCAGAACUCAUGGAUAAAAUGUUAGUACUCCUCCCUGAAGAUGAGGCCUGUUUAUGGAUCAUCUCCCUGCAGAUAUUCGUUCCCAUCUACUGA